AUGGCAACUAUUGCUGACCGACGGAUAGAACGUGCCAAACGCGAGGUAUCUAUUGCCCUGGCCAUCAACGCCCUGAACGCCAAACAAGUCUAUAGUAUUCGACAAGCCGCAAAGCUCUUUAACGUUCCUGCUUCCACCUUAUGCGAUCGCUUUACCGGUAAGAGAAAGGAAAACAAGGUCUCUAAGUAA